AUGAGCACCGGCGGCGCGGACAAGCCCGGCAGUGGCGGCAGCGGCGGCGCGGUGAAGACGCCGUCGGACUUCCUCAAGUCCAUCAGGGGCCGCCCCGUAGUCGUCAAGCUCAACUCCGGCGUCGACUACAGAGGUAUAUUGGCUUGUCUGGACGGUUAUAUGAACAUCGCAAUGGAGCAGACUGAGGAGUACGUGAAUGGCCAGUUGAAGAACAAGUAUGGUGAUGCCUUCAUAAGGGGCAACAACGUAUUGUACAUCAGCACGUCGAAGCGGACCCUUACUGAUGGUGCAUAG